GGAGGCGGCGUGACAGGGGACCGGGGAAGCUUGUUCUAGAAGCAGCAACGGGCCUUUUCGGUUGUCACGGCACUCGGUGAUUCAAUGGCUUCAGAUGAUAUUGCACAAUUAGCCAACUCAUUGGCUAAGACUCAAGUGGGAGAGGGGGAGCUGAGCUACAAGGGCCGAGGACUCAAGUUGGAUAAUGCACAGUCUGUGGCGGAGCUGGUGCGGGAGAUCGAGGGGUUCCAGGGGCUGCAGGCCCUCCGGCUCGAGGGGAACACUGUAGGGGUGGAGGCGGCGCAGGCCAUCGCCAAGGCCCUGGAGAGCAAGAGCGACUUCCAGUGCUGCCACUGGAGUGACAUGUUCACAGGUCGCCUGCGCUCUGAGAUCCCUCCGGCUUUGAGGUCCCUCGGUGCGGCGCUGAUGUCAGCCGGCGCUCGGCUGCGGGUGCUGGACCUGAGUGACAACGCCUUCGGGCCGGAUGGGGUGAAGGGCAUCGAGACGCUGCUGAAGAGCCCCAGCUGCCACACGCUGCAGGAGCUGCGCCUCAACAACUGCGGCAUGGGCAUUGGAGGAGGGAAGAUCCUCGCUGCAGCCUUGACAGAAUGCCACAAGCAGGCCACUGCACAGGGCGCCCCCCUCAGGCUGAAAGUGUUCAUCGCUGGCAGGAACAGACUGGAGAAUGAUGGGGCCACAGCCCUUGCCGGUGCCUUCCAGCUCAUAGGCAGUCUGGAGGAAAUCCACAUGCCCCAGAACGGCAUCAACCACCCUGGGGUGACAGCGCUGGCCACCGCCGUCCAGCACAACCCGCAGCUGCGUGUCAUCAACCUGAACGACAACACCUUCACCAAGAAAGGAGCCAUUGCCAUGGCACAGGCUCUCAAACACUUGCGCAGCAUCCAGGUGAUCAAUUUCGGGGACUGUCUGGUGCGCUCUGAAGGGGCUAUUGCCAUCGCCGAGGCCCUGAGGGAGGGGCUGCCCAUCCUAAAGGAGCUGAACCUGUCGUUUGGGGAAAUAACAAAGGAGGCAGCUCUGGUGGUGGCGCGGGCUGUUCAUAACAAAGCCCAGCUGGAGAAACUGGACCUCAAUGGCAAUUACCUGGGGGAGGGGGGCUGUGAGGCUCUGAAGGAGACCAUGCAUGAAAUGAACAUGGAGGAUCUGCUGGGAUCUCUAAGUGACGAUGAGGGUGAGCCAGAGGACGAUGAAGACGAGGAGGACGAAGACGACGAAGACGAUGAUGAAGAAGAUGAGGAGGAAGAAGGGGAAGAAGAGGAAGAGGAGGAUGAGAACGGAGUGAGAGAGACAGAACAAGACAGUGAAGGAGAGGAAGACCUAGAGAAUCCACCAAGUGCAGUGUUCAACCCAGUAACUCCCACCAAGCCGGUUGACGUGUCCUCCCUCGGUGACGUCUCCUCCUUUCUCAGUUUCCCUUCCCCUGACAAGCUGCUCAAACUGGGGGACAAGAGAGCCGCACUCAUUGUGCAGCACCUGGACAUGACAGAUGCUGGUAAAAUUGCAGAGGCCUUCCUGAAGAUCUCCUCUAUAUACAGGGAGAAUGGGGACCUGAGGAACAACGUGCUAGAGAGCAUAGAUGCAGUGCUGAGCAAAGCCUUCAGUAAUCCCUCCUUCCAGACCCAUGACUUAAUCUCCAUGCUGCUGGUAAUGAUGGGUCUUCUCAAGAGUGAAGACAAGGUGAAACCAUUUCGGUUGGUGCCUGGUAAUCUGCUUGCCCUGGAGCAUGCUGUGAGACAGGACUACUUCCCCAAGGAGCACAUUGCUGUAGUCAGUGCCUUCAUAGAGCGACCGAAUAAGGCCUUCGAGAACUGCAGAGCUGCCAGGGGGACCCUCCAGACCACAUUGGAGAAUAUCGGGCCUGAAUUUUGAGCCUCAACUGUCAUUAGCCAAUGGACGCUGUACAUAACAAAAUCACACAUGGGAUAUACACCCAGCGCAACUUAGACCACACACACACACACUCACACCCUCACACACUCACACAGGUGCACUGUGCACUGCAUCGACCUCUCAGGACUGCUGGAUCACUAUACAGACUCUGUACAGCACAGGUGCACCCUUAUGCAGACGCAGCCCACAGACUCUCCCCUUGGGACAGAUGGACAGAGACGCUUGAUGAUCUGGACUGGCUGCACAGAAGAGCACUCCGAUUGGCAUGAGACGCCCACCAGGGGGCAGAGUAAGCUGGUAGACUGCACAGCUGCAGAGCUCUCUGUGGGAGAGAGCUGCAGCUGGGGACUCCACUCCAAAUGGACUACUUCUCCCUUUCAUCUCUUGCCAUCUC